AUGGAAGAAGAGAGAGGACUUUCUGGAGGAAAGGUUAGUGGGGCGUAGAAUAGAGAAAAUGGAUAGAGAGAAGGAGAGAAGCCAAAAAUGAUUCCAUAUUUUCAAUUAUUUAGAUACGCAAAAAAUCGAGAUAUUGUGCUGAUGGUCUUGGGAUCUGUUGCUGCAUUUUUGAAUGGCGGUGCUAUUCCCUCCUUUUCUUUGAUAUUUGGUUCAAUGGUUAAUUCGUUUCAGGAGGCAGGAGAUGAGAUGGUCCGAUAGGCUGGAUGGAGUGCAAUUUGGUUUCUAUUGGUAGCUCUUGCGACUGGCAUAUUGUCAUUUACAAUGUUUGCAACUUGGAUGAUAGCUGGGGAAAGAUAGGGAAUAGAAUUUCGAAAAAAUUAUUUCAAAGCAAUUCUACAUCAAGAGGUAGGAUGGUUUGACACUAUAAAUCCAAAUGAAUUGAAUAGCAAAGUAGCUAACGAAUCGUUUGCUGUUUAAGGUGCGAUAGGCGAAAAAGUUCCAACAUUCAUUAUGACAUUUUCUAUGACAUUUUUUGGUUUUCUAUAUGGUUACAUUUGGGGUUGGUAACUUGCAAUAGUAAUAACAGCGACUCUUCCAGUUAUAUCUAUAAUAACUGCUGUGUUUUCAGUGAUAAUUUAGCAAUCUACAAUGGCAACACAAUCAGCUUAUGCAGAGGCAGGAGCAAUAGCAGAACAAGCAAUAAAUGGGAUUAAAACAGUGAAAAUGCUAGAUGGCGAAGAUUACGAACACUAAAAGUACUAUUAACUGUUGUAGAGUGCAGCAAAUAAGACAACCAAAUAUGAUUUUGGAGUAGGCAUAGCAAUUGGAUUAAUAUGGGCAGCGAGUUUAUGGUCGUAUGCACUAGGAUUUUGGUAUGGAGCCAAAUUGAUAGCAGAUCAAACAUACAAUCCAAAUUAGGAUUCUGUGUAUACUGUUGGAGAUGUGAUGACAAUAUAUUUUAGUGUAGUUACUGGUGGGUUCUCCUUAGGUUAAGCAGGGCCAUGCGUAUAGAAUUUUGCAAAGGGUUAAGCUGCAGCUGCUACUAUGUACGAGGUUUUAGAUCGCAAGCCUAAAAUAUACAAUUGUCCCAAUCCUAAGAAGUUGUUGAAUUUCAAUGGUGAAAUCUAAUUGAAAGAUAUUAAAUUUAAUUAUCCAAAUAGACCAGAUCAAUUGGUGUUGAAUGGAUUAAGUUUGAACAUUCCUCCUGGUAAAAAGGUGGCAUUGGUUGGGGAGAGUGGAUGUGGUAAAUCUACUGUUAUGCAAUUAAUUGAAAGAUUUUAUGAUUGUGAUAAGGGAGAAGUAUUAUUUGGUGGAAUAGAUGUCAAGGACUUAGAUAUUAUAGAUUUGAGGAGUAGAAUUGGGUUGGUUGGUUAAGAGCCUGUUCUCUUUGCAACAAGUAUCAAAGAAAAUCUGUUAUAUGGUAAGACUGAUGCAACAGAGGGAGAAAUGAUAGAUGCCUUGAAAAAAGCCAAUGCCUGGGAUUUUGUUCAAAAAAUGGAUAAAGGAUUAGAGACUUAUGUUGGUAUUGGAGGAGGCUAAUUGAGUGGAGGUUAAAAAUAGAGAAUUGCUAUAGCCAGAGCCAUCUUAAAGAAGCCAUAAGUCUUAUUAUUAGAUGAAGCCACAAGUGCCUUAGAUAGAACUAACGAGCGAUUAAUUUAGGAGACUUUGGAUGAGGUGUCUCAAGGGAUCACCACAAUUGUUAUUGCUCAUAGAUUGAGUACAAUCUAAAAUGCAGACUUGAUAUAUGUUAUAGAUAAAGGCAUAGUGAUUGAAAUGGGAACUCAUUAAGAGCUCAUGAAUCUGCAUGGAAAAUACGAGAUUUUGGCCAAAAAUCAGGUAAAGAAAUAAGAGGAGGAGUAGUUAAGUCAGUCACAAAUACAAACUCCAAGCAGAAAGAUACUAUUAGAUGGUCUUACUAAACCUAAUGAUACAACUAACACUCAGAGGAUUAUAUAAAUGAAUGUUGCAGAUAAGAGGAAUAUUACAGAGGAAGCAGUCGAUCAAUUCAAGUAAUUAAAGGAAUUAGAUCUGAUUGUUAAAGGAUAGACAGAAAACACUCAAUAUGAUAAGGUUGCAGAUAAGGAGUAGGUAGAAGUGAAAAAGGAACCAGAUGCCUAAAUGGGCAGAUUGUUCAGUUAUAAUAAGUCAGAGAGAUUUCAAUUCCUUCUUGGAGUUCUAGCAGCCAUGGCUAAUGGUUGCACAUUUCCGAUAUUCUCAAUAUUCUUAUCAGAUAUGAUUACAGUCCUGGCUCUCUCGAAUCCUAGAAAUUAUAGCGAUGAAGAAAGAAGCGAUAAGAUGGCCUAUGUCAGAGGAGAGGCAGACAAAAAUGCCUUAUACUUUUUCGUUAUAGGCUGUUGUGCAUUGACUUUAUGGACUAUACAGUCAUUUUGUUUAAGUUAUGUAGGUGAAAGACUAACACUAAAAUUAAGAUCGGAUACAUUUAGAAAACUAUUAAGGAUGCCGAUUCCUUUUUUUGAUGAGCCCAAGAAUAAUGCAGGAACCUUAACCAGUAGAUUAUCUGUCGAUUGUAAACUAAUAAAUGGAUUGACUUCUUCUAUUAUUGGGAUCAAUCUAGCAAAUGUGGCAUCUUUGGUUUGUGGAUUGACUAUUGCAUUUACGAGCAGUUGGGCAUUGACUCUGGUUACAUUGGGAGUCACUCCAUUUUCAUUUAUAUCUGGAGUACUUUAGGCUAAAAUUAUGCAGGGUUUUUCAGCACAGACAGAUGAGGCAUAUAAGGAUUCAGGUAAUCUAAUUAUGGAGGCAGUCACAAACAUAAGAACUGUUUUCUCUUUUGGGAAUGAAUAGAUUAUCCUUGGCAUUUAUGAAAAGAAAGUGUAAAUGCCACUUGAAUAAGCUACUUCCAAAGGGUUCAAGGCAGGAUUGGCUAUGGGUUUUUCAUAAAUGAAUAUGUUCGUUAUGAAUGCCAUAAUCUUCUAUGUGGGGGCUGUCUUCUGCAGAGAUAUCGAUUUAAGUGUGAAUGAUAUGUUUAAGACAAUAUUUUCAUUGACAUUUGCUACUAUGGGAGCAGGGAAUAAUGCUGCAUUCGCUGGAGAUAUCGGAGCUGCCAAAAAUGCUAGCAAGAAUAUCUUUGAAAUAUUGGAUGGUGAGGAUGAAUUCUAAAGGGAAGUGAGAUUAUAGAAGAAAAGAUUGGCACAAUCCAUUACAGGAGAUGUUUAAUUCAACAAUCUCACUUUCAAAUAUGCUGGAAGAGACAAGAAUGUUUUUGAGAAUUUAAGUUUAACAAUUAAGUAAGGUUAAAAAGUGGCUUUUGUUGGUCCUUCUGGAUGUGGUAAGUCAACUCUUAUGUCUAUGUUGAUGAGAUUCUAUGAACCCGAUCAAGGAGUCAUAACAAUCAAUGGAGUUGAUAUUAAAGAUUAUGAUAUUAGAUACAUAAGGAGACAAUUUGCUAUCGUCUCAUAAGAACCAGUCCUGUUUAAUGGUACGAUUCGAGAGAAUAUUCAAUACAAUUUAACUUCAAUUAAUAUGGACUAGAUUGAGAAUGCAGCUAAAACGGCCAACGCCUAUGAUUUCAUAGUUAAAAAUUAAUUUGAGGAAACUCAAGUAGAAUAAAAGGGUAGUGAGAAAUAAAGAGGACAAGGAUUUGAAAGGUAAGUAGGACCAAAAGGAACUUAAAUCUCAGGGGGAUAAAAAUAACGAAUUGCUAUUGCUAGAGCCAUCUUAAGAGAUUCAAAUUUCUUACUGCUUGAUGAAGCUACAAGUGCUUUAGAUGCUGCAAGCGAAGAAUUAGUAUAGGAUAGUUUGAAUAAAUUAAUGGAAGGAAAAACUACUGUGGCAAUUGCUCAUAGAAUCUCGACUAUCAAAGAUUCUGAUAUGAUCUAUGUGUUCAAGGAUGGUAAAAUUGUGGAAGAAGGAAAUUACUAAAGCUUGACAAAUAGAAAAGGUGCUUUUUAUAGUUUGGAGUAGGGUAUAUCCAAUUGA